UUGCUCUCCGUGUGUGUAUAAAUAAACCCCUUGGAUCCUAGCUCAUCUUAUCCAUCCUUUAGCCAUCAUCAGCUCACACAGCUACCUCAUCUCGCACAGCGCAACGCUGCUGAUCGCCGACCCCUAGCUACCGGCCGCUAGCUCUCGAUCCGUUCAGUUCGUGAUCGAUGGGGCGCCCGCCGUGCUGCGACAAGGAGGGCGUGAAGAAGGGGCCGUGGACGCCGGAGGAGGACAUCAUCCUCGUCUCCUACGUCCAGGAUCACGGCCCCGGGAACUGGCGCGCCGUCCCGGCCAAGACAGGUCUGAUGCGGUGCAGCAAGAGCUGCCGGCUGCGGUGGACAAACUACCUGCGGCCGGGGAUCAGGCGCGGCAACUUCUCCGACCGGGAGGAGAAGCUCAUCGUCCACCUCCAGGCACUCCUCGGCAACCGCUGGGCCGCCAUAGCCUCCUACCUCCCGGAAAGGACCGACAACGACAUCAAGAACUACUGGAACACGCACCUCAAGAAGAAGCUGCUGCGCAGCGCCACGACACCGGCGGCCGCGCAGACGGAGUCGGCCUACAAGGGGCAGUGGGAGAGGAGGCUGCAGACGGACAUCAACCUCGCCAGGAGCGCCCUGCGCGAGGCACUCACCGUCGACAGCGCCACCACGACGAGCACCAGCCCUGCGGUGAUCACCGAUUCCGCGGCUUACGCGCUGAGCACACAGAACAUCUCUAGGAUGCUGGACGGAUGGGCACCGGCGAAGGCUGCCAGCGCCGGCAUCAGCAACCCGGGUGCGACCGACAGCGCGUCUGCGUCUUCGUCGGAACUCACCGAGUGCUCCGGCUCCAGCGUGUCCUACUCCGCCGCGCCGGCGCUCUGGUCGUCUCUGAUCGGGCCGGAGAGCAAGGCCGCGGCGGAGGGUGUGGAGAUGCCGCUGUCGGCGAUCGAGUCGUGGCUGCUGCUGGACGACAGCACCGAGCAGCUGCCUGCACGGGAGGGUCUGCUCCGUAAUUACCCUUUCUGA